CGAUAUUGCCACCCAAGGAUCCAGUGAUUGCCGGACGAGUGGGAGCUCAGAAGACCCACUAACAAACCAGACCAUGGAGAUCCUCCCAUUACCGCUCUAAACCACGUCGUCUCUCUCGCAUUCUGUUCGACCGAGCCGUGCUCCAUUCUCUCGGUUGAAUUUGACACCGAGCACUACUAUCUCCACAGCGACCGCCUGGUUGGUUCAUGGGGAGAUUCUCCACCAAGCAAGGGCCAAGAACCGGGUAUGGCUUCUUAAACGCGUUACAUCCGGCAGGGGGAUUCAGGCCUUUCCUUUCUGAGUGCCAUAACAGUUCCUGGGAUCAAACAGCCGCGAUAUUCAGGUCGACAACACCAAAGGGAGUAUCCCAGUCUUCAGGAUUCGAAAGCCACCCGAAGCCUUGCACCUUCCCUACGUCGCCCGAUCAUCAGACCCCCUUCUCCUCAUCGCCCAGAUGCCAACCGAACACCAUGGCAUCACCUCUUCGGAGGUCCAUCAGAAGAUCGAGCUCUUAAUCUCGGCCAUGGUCAACAUCCGCGACAAGACAGGCGAAUUCCUCCUCACCUUGCCCGACGGGCGGGUCAUUGACACUAAGGGCUGGGACGACUGGGAAUGGACGCACGGCAUCGGGCUGUACGGCAUCUGGCAGUACUACACACUCACACAGUCACCCGCCCACCUUGCCAUCAUUGAGGCCUGGUUCGCCUCCCGCUUCGCCGCGGGCGGCACCACCAAAAACAUCAACACCAUGUCCGUCUUCUUGACGCUCGCCUGCGUCUACGAGAAAACCCACAACGCGGCCUACCUCCCCUGGCUCGACUCCUGGGCCGAGUGGGCGUACCACGACCUGAAGCGGACCAAGCACGGCGGCAUGCGGCACGAGACGUACCUGGAGCUCAACGAGCAGCAGCUGUGGGACGACACGCUCAUGAUGACGGUGCUGCCACUGGCUAAGAUCGGGCUGGUCCUGAACCGGCCGCACUACGUCGACGAGGCGAAGCGCCAGUUCCUGCUGCACGUGCAGUACCUGUUUGACGCCAAGACCGGAUUGUUCUUCCACGGGUGGGAGUUCAACGCGACGGGGGCUGGCGGGCACAAUUUUGCCGAGGCGAGGUGGGCAAGGGGGAAUAGCUGGUUGACGAUUGCGAUUCCGGAGUUUCUGGAGCUGUUGAGGGAAGGCGGCGUGCGUGAUGUGGCGCUGGAGGAGUUUCUCAAGAGCACGCUGCUUGCGCAGUGCGAGGCGCUGAGGCCGCUGCAGGAGCCGUCGACAGGGCUGUGGCGGACGUUGCUGGAUGUGAGUGAGGAGGAGGGGUCGUAUUUGGAGGCGAGUGCCACGGCCGGUUUCGCGUUUGGCGCGCUCAAGGGCCAGAGGAAGAGGUAUCUUGGAACCGAGUUUGAGGACAUGGCUGUCAAGGCCGUCAAGGGGGUCCUGGCGAAUAUCAGCGAGGACGGCGAGCUGCUCAACACGUCGUUUGGGACGGGCAUGGGAAGGGACCUGCAGCAUUACAAGGAUAUUCCGGUGACGAGCAUGCCGUACGGGCAGGCCAUGGCCAUCAUGGCCUUGGUCGAGUUCUCGAGGAGGUUCAUCUAAACAGAAAGCUAGAGAAAGCGGCAUGUUGCCAAUAUCGAACCUCAUCAGCAGUGGACCGCAGAGGGUUUAUAACCCCCCUGGCACCGUCUUUGGCGGCUCUGACGAUAUAUUCCUCUCCCCUUAAGGUGUGUCCGAAACUGCAAAAGAUGGAAGAACCCUGGGACUCAAAACAGCACGUCGCCGACCAGCACACUGGCCCUGCCUCCCUCUCCUGCAAAGUCCACCACUCACUCUAGGUCUUCAUCACUGACAUCAAUCCUCAAAAUAGA